AAUUCUGCGGGGCGCCUGUGGGUAAUGAGAUGCCCGAAAGCGGAUUUGCUUCAGUAGUUCCAGCACAGCUAUCCUUCCUCGCCAUCUACAAUCCUCUCCUUGCAACGACGGACGAAACGAUAACCGACCAGAUAGUUUUCUAUACCCCCCGGUCAAGCCGAUUACGAGGAGACGAUAGCUCUUCUGUGAAGGGUGAUGGACAGAAUACAAAUGAAUGGGAUGAAAGACUGCGCCAAGUGGGCCUGGCACAGGGCAUGGUGAAGUUGGCCAGUAAUUUCUCAGAUGGCAAGGCAGUAGACUACGUGGAGACGGAUAAAUCACGUAUAGUUCUCCAUGAAUUGGAAAAGAACUGGUGGAUUCUGGCUUCUGUCGACCUCACCCGACUGCCGACUAGUGCUGCUAGGAGCGAAGCGACUUCACAGAAUGAGACGCAAAGUGCCUUAUUCCAAUAUUCCUCGAGGGAGAUGUGCCCUCCACAGCUACUGCUCCAACAUCUCAUCCGCACGCACUCCAUAUUCCUGCUACUUCAUGACUUCACCCUAGAUGGCCUCUAUCAGCGGGUCGGCAGGUCCGUAUUCUGUGGUCUUCUUGAGCGAUUUUGGGAGAAGUUUGCGUGGACUUGGGACAUCCUCCUGAGCGGGAAUCCUGCGGUUGAUAUCUUUAAUGGGAUCAAGCUCUCCGCUGGCGGUGAGCUUGGCAUCGGCGUUGGGGAGGAACAAUGGGGAAGCGGGGAGCGGGCCGUUCUAGAGGAUCUUGUAACAAGAACCGAUGGGCUUGUGGACUUAGUUGUCUCGAGGUUUGGUGAUGCGCCUGCCCCCAUUGAGGAACCCUCACUAUCAAAGGAAUCCAACAACUCAUCAAAUGCAAUGGAUGGCAAACUCAAAUGGCUUGGUUUGGAUGUAUAUCCUCAGCCAUCGGAUGGUGUUAUAUUUGCUGGUACAGGUGCAGUAUCACGGCCCUCUUUAGUCCAAAUUUCCCAGUGGAUGGAGUGGAUAUACAGAUAUGGCGACAAUGCGUAUGGAGUUGGCGGAGACCCGAGUUCAACUCGACGCCGACGACAUCGCAAAAUAAGAGCCAAACAGCCGUCAAGAGACACGAGUGCCGUUCCAGCCAAAACAGAACGCACAGCCGAUAGCUCCCCACGUCAAGCCCCUGACCGGCCCUUCUCACCGGGAAUACCGCGUCCCCUUGUCACAGGAACACCCGAACCUUCUCAGGACUCUCAUCAGAAAGAUAACUCCAACGCGGAUGAUGACAAUUCUUCAACGGGGAGUGGGCGGUGGAGUGUUCUGCCUGGAUUUGGGACAGAAAAGGCCAAGAGAUAUCUUACUUUGGGCUAUGGUUCAUCCUGGAGCCUCUGGCCGCAAACGCUUCCGUCGCAUCCUCGUGUCUCGGCAUUAAAAAACGAUGUUGAUGGGCCUCAAGAGGAAGCGAAGCAGAAAAACCCACCGACCACGACUGGGACUGAUUUGGAAAGAGACCAGCCAGCCGAAGGCGAUCAGGCUAAGGCUAGGAGUGACACCUUUGGAAGCUUCAUCAUCGGGUUACGCGACGAACCCGGAAGCUUCAGGGCUCGGUCAUAUGAGGAUAACACCUUCAUAGGAAAGCCUAAAGAUGGCAUCGUGCUUCGAACUCUGCAUAUAUGGUUAGCAGCCUCCGGUGAUACGACAGAUCAACAAAAGAAGGUUCAGGUUGUGGUCUAUGCACAUCAACCGUUCAUGUUUACCUUCAUCUUUGACCCGCAAACCCCAUUUCUCCACGAGCCCUCUUUCUACCAUAGCAUCCAGCACCAACUACGCCCUCUCCACAAGCCUCUACUAGCCUCAACAUCUCUCGAAAACAUAGUCUCGAGAAUUUCCAUAUCAGACGGCGUGUUCGACUUCAAGAGCCGCUUCUCCACCAAAAUCCAUCCGGUAUACGACCUCGUCUACGACCCGUCCAACCUCACAAUACGCUCUUCCAUCCCGAACAUCCCAGACCUCGGCUCCCAUCAGACCGAGUCCUCCGAUCCCAAUACACCUCCCUGGUCACGCGUUGAAAGCGUCAACAUCCACCACCGACUCCUGAACACGUACAUCGAAACAAGAUCGCACCCGGACGAGCUCGAAAGGACCUACAAAACCAAUCGUGGCUGGUGGGUCGUGUGGGUCCGAGUCUCGGGGGACGAUAACCACCAGGAGGCCUUCGUGGUCCGCAAAGCAAGUGAUUAUGUCUCCCCUUCGUCUCAACAUAAUCGCACGGGAAGUAACAGCGCACGGUUCUUCAGGGAUCUUGGCGGUGCAUCUUCAUCUUCGUCAUUUUCCGGAUUUCAGUUUUCCAGGGCUGAUAUGGCCCCCGGGAAACUUGCGGAGGGACUGGGUCUGGAUGCGAGGAGGUAUAUUGAGAGUUUACUCAGUUUGAAUAGAUAAAAUUUUUUCUUCUCCGCUUUGAUUUAUAGUUCAAUUAGAGGGAAAUGGUGGGUAUUUCCAUUAGAAGAAUUUUGUUUGAAUUGGAUUUGCCAUGGGUGUUGCAGGCCAAAACAGGAUAGGAACAGGAACAGUAACAGUUGUUUGUUGGGGUCCUACAGCUCAUAACUCAAUUUCUGCUACUGACCAGUGAUGACUUCCAU